CAAUGGAACCUAACGAAAGCCACCACCACCAACAACAACAGCAGCAGCAACGUCUCAGUUCUCCUUACUUCCACCUGCAGCACCUUCAACAUCUGCAACAGCAGCAUCACCCAACCACCGUACCAACCUCUGCUUCGACCGGAAACGCCGUUCCAUCUUCCAACAAUGGGCUUUUUCCGCCGCCGCAGCAGCAGCAGCAGCCACAGCCGCAGCCUAAUGAUGGGCCAUCCUCCCUCGCCGUAUACCCUCACUCAGUGCCUUCCUCCGCGGUGACGGCGCCGAUGGAGCCGUUAAAGAGAAAACGAGGUCGUCCGAGAAAGUAUGUGACGCCGGAGCAAGCCCUAGCGGCUAAGAAAAUGGCUUCUUCUGCGAGCAGUUCGUCUGCUAAGGAGAGGAGAGAGCAAGCGGCUGCAGCCGGAGGUACGGCAUCGUCUAAUUCCGGGUCAUCGAAGAAAUCUCAGCUUGGUUCUGUCGGGAAAACUGGGCAAAGCUUUACCCCGCAUAUCGUUAAUAUAGCCCCUGGUGAGGAUGUGGCCCAGAAAAUUGUGAUGUUUGCAAACCAAAGCAAGCAUGAACUAUGCGUUCUUUCGGCGUCGGGCACCAUCGCAAGUGCAUCCUUGCGCCAGCCAGCCACAUCAGGAAGCAGCAUAUCAUAUGAGGGUCAGUACGAGAUUCUCUCACUAUCCGGAUCAUUUAUCCAGGCCGAACAAGGUGGUAAAACCGGUGGCCUUAGCGUUUCUUUAUCUUGUUCGGAUGGUCAGAUCAUCGGAGGAGCGAUUGGGACUCACUUGACGGCUGCUGGCCCGGUUCAGGUGAUUCUUGGUACGUUUCAGCUUGAUAGAAAGAAGGAUGCCGCCGGGAGUGGUGGGAAAGGGGAGGCUUCAAACAGCGGAAGUCGGUUAACUUCUCCCUCUACCACUGGACCGUUGCUUGGCAUGGGUUUCCGUUCUGGUAUGGAAUCUUCGGGGGGAAACGAUGAGCAGCAUCAUCAUCAUCAGCAAACCGGUAUGGGUGGGUCUCAUCACUUCAUGAUGCAAGCGCCGCCGGGAAUGCACAUGGCUCAUUCUCGGCCAUCUGAAUGGGGAGGAGGAGGCAACAGCGGUCAUGAUGGUAGAGGUGCUGGUGGUGGUGGUUAUGAUUUGUCAGGACGGAUAGGACAUGAGUCGUCGGAGAACGGAGAUUACGAGCAGCAAAUGCCGGAU